AGCGUGCACUGCGAAGCGCAGAGACACAAAGAGGAGCUGAGGCUCGACUGAGAAUAAAACGCUCGUUUUGAGGAAUUCACCUGAAGAGUCUCUGACUGAGCGCGAGCAUGAGCGGAGCAGCUUCGCGCGGUUGAUCAGAGUUUAAAGUCACUUUCUGGCGCACAGGAGGAGCCAACGAUGGAGAGGAGCAUCCCGGGAUGGUGCGCGCUCAUUUUCCCCCUCAUCCUGCACGGGACGCGCUGCAUGGCGGCCAAGGAGCUGCAGUGCCAGGAGAUCUCUGUCCCUCUGUGCAAAGGCAUCGGCUACAAUUACACCUACAUGCCCAACCAGUUCAACCACGACACGCAGGACGAGGCUGGCCUGGAGGCGCACCAGUUCUGGCCCCUGGUGGUGAUCAAGUGCUCCCCGGACCUGCGUUUCUUCCUGUGCAGCAUGUACACUCCGAUCUGCCUGGAGGACUACAAGAAGCCGCUGCCGCCGUGCAGGAGCGUGUGCGAGCGCGCCAAAGCCGGCUGCGCGCCGCUCAUGAAGCAGUACGGCUUCCCGUGGCCGGACCGGAUGAGGUGCGAACUGCUCCCGGAGCAAGGCGACCAGGAAACUCUGUGCAUGGACCACAACCGGAGCCAGACCACCACGGCUUCCCCGGUCCUGGCCAAGCCCACCAACCGGCCCCUGAAGCCCUACAACAAGAAGAAGAGCGGCUUCAGCCGAGGCUUCCCCGGGAAACACAAGCCGGGCGGUGCGCCUCUGUGCGAGGCGGGGUGCUUCUGCCGCGCGCCCAUGGUGCCGCUGAGCGGGGACGGACACCCGCUGCACAACCGUGUCAAAACGGGACAGAUCACGAACUGUGCCAUGCCGUGCCACAACCCUUACUUCACCCAGGAGGAGAGGACUUUCACCUCCUUCUGGAUCGGUCUCUGGUCCGUCCUCUGCUUCAUCUCAACUUUCGCGACUGUGGCAACUUUCCUCAUCGACAUGGAGAGGUUCAAGUACCCGGAGCGGCCCAUCAUCUUCCUCUCUGCCUGCUACAUGUUCGUGUCUGUGGGAUAUAUCGUCAGGCUGAUUGCAGGGCACGAGGAGGUCGCGUGCAGCCGGGAGCACGGCGCGGAACACAUCCACUAUGACACGACGGGCCCUGCGCUCUGCACCAUCGUCUUCCUGCUCAUCUACUUCUUCGGCAUGGCCAGCUCCAUCUGGUGGGUCAUCCUGUCCCUCACCUGGUUUCUGGCUGCAGGGAUGAAGUGGGGCAACGAGGCCAUCGCCAGUUACUCCCAGUACUUCCACCUGGCCGCAUGGCUCAUCCCCAGUCUGAAGUCCAUCGCGGUUCUGGCUCUCAGCUCGGUGGACGGGGACUCCGUGGCUGGGAUCUGCUACGUGGGGAACCAGAACCUGGAUAACCUGCGGGGGUUCGUGCUGGCCCCGCUGGUCAUCUACCUGUUCAUCGGCACCAUGUUCCUCCUGGCCGGGUUCGUGUCGCUGUUCCGGAUAAGGAGCGUCAUCAAGCAGGGGGGCACCAAGACCGACAAGCUGGAGCGGCUCAUGAUCCGGAUCGGCGUCUUCACGGUUCUCUACACCGUCCCGGCCACCGUGAUCGUGGCGUGUUACUUCUACGAGCAGCACAACAGACAGAUGUGGGAAAUUACGCACAACUGCACGUGCCUGACGGACCAGAGCAGGCAGAGGCCGGACUACGCAGUGUUCAUGCUCAAGUACUUCAUGUGCCUGCUGGUGGGGAUCACCUCCGGGGCCUGGAUCUGGUCCGGGAAAACGCUGGAGUCCUGGAGGACUUUCUGCACGCGCUGCUGCUGGGGGAGCAAAGCGUCCGCGGGCUCCAUGUACAGCGACGUGAGCACGGGACUCACGUGGAGGUCCGGGACGGCCAGCUCUGUCUCCUGUCCCAAACAAAUGCCGCUGUCCCGGGUUUGA